AUGUCGGAGAAAGCCAGGGUCCUCCUCGUGGGGGCAGGAGGGAUCGGAACCAUGACAGCCUUGAACCUGGAACGGGGGGGUCUAGCCUCGGUCACAGCCAUCCUGAGAUCCAACUAUUCAGUCGUUAAGGAAAAGGGAUUCACAAUUGAUUCCUGCGACCAUGGGGAAUUCAAAGGUUGGAGACCAACAGAGGUCCUCAACAACGUCCCAGACCUAUCAUCAGACUCGUCGAUCAAACCGUUCGACUAUAUCAUCUGCACCACGAAGAAUAUUCCAGAUGUGCCACCUACACUAGUCGACUUGAUCAAGCCAGCCGUCACCCCUGGACACUCGGUAAUUGUCUUGAUUCAGAAUGGCCUCAACAUCGAAAAGCCUCUCUUGAAGGCAUUUCCCACCAACAUUUGUCUCUCCGGCGUAUCGCUCAUGGGUGCCGACGAAUUGAGUCCCGGGCACAUCCUUGAAAACGAUGUCGAUAGACUGUUCAUUGGCCCAUUUCUGUCAGACAGCAUUGGCGCACAAAAGCACAUAGCUGCUGCAGAAGAAUUUGUGAGGAUCUAUUCGGCCUCGGGAAAAGUCCAAUGCUCUUAUCAGUCGGACGUGCAAUUUGUACGAUGGAGGAAACUCAUGUACAAUGCUGUCUGGAACCCGAUAUGUGCCUUGACCGAUCUAGACACCUCACGAUUUCGACUUGCGUCUCAAGAUUCGGAUCCCAUGAACCCACUGAACUUACUGGUCAGGCCCGCGAUGAAUGAAAUUCGAGCUGCUGCCAUGGCUGCCGCGAAUGUGGACUUGCCCGAAUCCCUGGUCGAAUCCAUGGUGGAGUGUGAUCCGAUAGAGAUAUUCUGUGCUCCGAGCAUGUUGCAGGACCGACGAAAGAAAAGAUUCAUCGAAUAUGAAAACAUUCUCGGUGAAGCCCUGAGAGAAGGAGAAAGGGCGGGAGCGGCCAUGCCGACGGUGAGAUGCUUGUAUGGACUGUGCAAGGCUGUUCAAUGGAGAACCAUGGAAUUCAAUGGAUUGGUGGAUCCACAAAAAUUGAUGGAAACAAGGAAUUUCCCGUGA